UUAGUUCCGCUAUAAAAGAAAAAGGGUGCUUCGAUUGAAAAUCCACUAAUAGGUAUAAUAGUGAUAGGAACCGAAGAAAUUAACAAGAGAAAUGGGAGCUGAACUUUCACGAGAAGUUGAUGAGGAGCCUCACAACCACCAACACCAGCAGCUGUUGAGGCCACAAUCACAAUCACAACCACAGCCACAGCCGCAAUUAUCAAGAACACAGUCUCCACAGCUAAGAAGGCCACAGUCGCAACUACAACCACAACCGCAACCGCAGCCUGUGGCAAAUAAUGAAGGAGCUACCAGCAAGGAUGGAUGGUUACUGCCAUCAAAACCAUCCAUCAAAGCCACAAACUCAUCAGUGGAAAAUUAUUCCCCCACAAGAGUUGUAAAACCCAACAAGGGAAACAAUCAUCACCAAUUAGCCACUACUAAAUCCUCCAAAGAACUGAUGAUGAAUCUUCCACAUAGAUAUGAAGACAUAUUGAAGGGUGCAGACUCACCGGUUCAUACAUCUUCCAAGGAAAAGCUGCUUGAUCAGCUAUAUUCUGGAGUCUUCUUAGACCAUAACACUAAGAAAUAUUGGAUAGAAGAGAAGUCCAAUAGCAACUGUUUCAUGUUAUACGCAAGAGCACUCUCAAUCACGUGGGCAGAAAAUCAACAUUAUUGGAAAUGGGUAACCCAGAAAGAAUCAAGUGGCACAAUUAUUGAAUAUGAAGUGUCGUUUAUUGUAAUGUUGAAGGAUCCGGCGCAAGGGUGGGAAGUUCCGGUCAACGUUAGACUCGUGCUUCCGGGAGGUAAAAAGCAGCAACACAAGGAGAGUUUGAUUGAGAAGUUACGAAUGCAGUGGAUAGAGAUUCCGGUCGGCGAGUUUGUAGCAUCUGAAAAAGAUGGUGGGGAGAUGGAGGUGUCUCUGUACGAGUAUGAAGGUGGCAUGUGGAAGCAGGGACUUGUGAUCAAAGGUGUUGCCAUCAAACCAAAGGAACUAAGCUAGACAGUAAUGAGAUUUCUUUCUUUGAUGUACAAAAUCUUAGGACGGUUCAAAUAGAGAACGCGAGCUAAUGGUUUUAAUAACUUAAGCGUAUGAUACUAUGUUGUAGUGUGUUUCCAAAAUAAGACACUUUUAGGUGCAUUAGUUGCACUAUUGCAGUCGUCAAAAAAGUUUUAACAGAGGGCAUUCAAUUA